AUGGCGGCCCCAGUUUGCUGCUCUCACCUGUCAGCAGGCUCCUCCGGGUCGGACUGGGGCUGCUGAGCCGGGAGGGAUGGAGACCAGCGGCGGUGCCGAGCCGAGGACUCAAGGGAGUUGGUGGAGAAGAAGGAAGGGAAGACGACGAUGCUUGAAGGACGUAUUGUAGAAGACAAACCAACCAUGUGUCCUCCAAAUCCCUCCGGUCAAUGUCCGAUCUGCCGCUGGAACCUCAAACAUAAAUACGACUACAUGGACGUUCUUGUCCUCAGUCAGUUCAUCCGAUCAGAUGGUGGGAUGAUCGCGCGCAAAGUGACGGGCCUGUGUUCGGAGGAACACAAGAAAGUAGAGGCGUGUGUUAAGAUGGCCCAUCGAGCGGGCCUUUUGCCAAACCACAGGCCCAUACUUCCAGAAGGAGUUGUGCCCAAGCCAAAAUUCCAGCUAAACAGGUAUCUGACUCGUUGGUCUGUGUCCAGCGCUCGGCCAAUCCUCAAGAAAGGACUUAAGUGGUGCAAAGUGAAAAUGCCAGUUGGGGACCCCAUCAUGAAGGAUAAUGUGCGCUACAGUAAAAAAGCUCUCUUGUACAGACAAUGA